AUGUUUUCGCAAUUCUGGUCAGCGGCCCUGCUGCCGCUUCUCUUCACUUCAGCCCUAUGUCAAAACUUCACCAUCUCCAAUGGGCAGAUCUUCACGCCUGGCUUUGCGGUUCUCGACUCCCCGCAGCCGGGCACGCCGAUGGGCGGCGACACGAUUGAGAUCGCUCUGGACGUCACAGCAAAUGGCGUCCUCCCCCUCGACGUUGCCGAUGACAGCCCCAGCCGGAUAAACAAUAUCACCAUCUUCAUGUACAGCUUUGACACGGGCCGCAACUUCACUGUCUCCAACGGCACUGCCUCGGGUAACAACGCCAGCUUGGGGGAGAUAAUGCUGCAGGAGCCUGGCAGCACAGUCAAGCACGUCAAGUGGACCUGGCCAGCGUGCUUAGUUGGCGACGGCCAACCGGCGACGACUGACAGCGACCGUGGCAUCUAUAAUAUCUCGAUCAGGCAGAACUUCGUCAUGAACAACACUAACCUCUACACCAUCUUCGACGUCCCGAUCUCUGUGACGAACAGCAUCCCGAGCUCGAUAAGCCGAGCCCAGUGCGAUGCGCUCAACAACCCCUUGCUGACGCCGGAGCAGAUCAACGCCUCGGCCGCGAACAGCGUCGGCGUCCUGUUUGCGCCGGGGGGCUCGCAGGUGGUGCAAGUGAAGCUGGACAAGGCGGAAAGCGGCCAAGGCCUUGGAGGUGCUGGUAUGCUGAGCUGGAGGAGUGGCGCGGAGUGGCUGUGUCUGGCCACUCUUGCUAUGGCCUUUGCUUUCUAA